CGCGUGAUUGUCGUCGGUGGUGAUGUCGGGUAUAUCCCCUAACUCACUCUGUGAUGCAACACUGAAACAGGCAGCUGGAUUGCUGGUCUUUGGGCGCCUAAUUGACUUCUUUGUGGAUAAACAAGCUAAUGCUAUUUGUAAUAUUUCUUACUUGCUUUACGGUCACCAGCAAAGCCGUUGAAAAUUCACUCGAGUUAACAUCCUCUUCUGCGUCUGGGAAUCAAGUUGAUGGUCUUGAGAAUGUGGGGGCAAUCGGCCUUUCUUGCAAGCACCAUGUCCAGAUGGGUCAGCAGAAAAAGGAACGUGUAUGGUACAAAGACGGUUUAGAAUUGAACAAGAGCACCUUCGAUGUAUCGGCCAUGCAACUGGUUGGCGCUGAACGCUGGAAACUGUAUCUUCACAACCUUAGAACUAGCUUAUCUGGAUGCUACAAGUGUUGUGUCUUUGUGAUGAAACGACAGAUAUGCAGCAAUAUUAUGAAGGUUAUCAUCCACAAGCUUCCCAGUUUCAUUCUUUUCAAAAAUAUAAUUGUUGGUAAACAAGGCAGCAAUGUCACGAUAUCGAUGGAAGUCAAUGGCAGCAGUCUAUCAUUCUGGCACAGCUUUUGGGCUAAGAACUCUACUCCGUUGUUCUCGACCGUUCGAGACCUAAACUUUACCAAACAGUCAACCUACAUGUUAACACUAACUCUAACUAACGUGAACAGUUGUGAUGCUGGACAAUAUCACGUCGAGCUCUCGAACAACCACUGGAAACAAAAAAGUCCUACUAUUGCUGUCUUUGUCGAAGUUUUUCCUGCUGCUCCUCUGAGACCUGAUGUUCACAGCAUGGAUACAAGUCUUGCAACCGGUCCACAGCUACGAGUUCAAUGGCAAAUGCCACACGUCUGGAACAACAAUGAUAGCGAGAUGAACUUGCAGGCUGAUCAUUUUGUAGUGUAUUAUCAAAUGAAAGAAGAUGAUUAUCUACGUCUUCAGCGGUGGCAUGAAGUUGUUGUAUUUGGAGAACAUGACACGGUUAUUACUGGACUGUCUCCAUGUACUGUGUAUGAAGUGAAGGUCGCUGGAUGUAAUUCAAUUGGAUGCGGUGAUCUAAGUGCGUCUGCAGUGGGCAAGACACGCUCUGAUCCAAAUAGAGAACAGUUGCAUAAUAAACUGUACAUGGGCCAACAUAGUGGCAUGUUGUUGUUUAAAGACGGCGAUGAUGUGGCACCGCUUUGUGUGUCUUCAUCACACGAAUUAGACGCAUCGUUUGCGUUGUGCAACAUUCUAUUGUAUUUGGAUGACACAAACGACACAGCAGCAUAUGACUACGUCUUCAUCGUUUAUCCACGCUGUGCUCUAAAUCACGCGACUCUGAGCAAUUGCAACUACAGUUGUCCUGCCAAAGCAGCAACGUGCACAUCAUCUCAGCAACUUGUCGAUCUCCGUACACUAUGUGGAUUACACCCGACUGUUGACACUAAUGUUGGGUCUAGCUCUUGGGAUAUCAUUGGAGGUUCGAUUGGCUGUGUCUUCUUUGUGAUUCUAGUUGGAGUCGUUUUCGCUGUGUGCAUUGUCAAACGGAAAUCCAUCUGAUUGUGGUGCGAACGACUAGUGAUAUGAAACAGUGCCUGAUGUUGUUCCAUGGUGAAGAAGACUGUGCGGUAUGAUUCUAUUUUACAUGCUUGUAUACUGUACACAAGCAAUAUUUGCCAUUACCCUAUUGGACAACCUAAAUAUCACGUUUUUGUCUUUGGUUGUUACUAAUGGAAACAUUGUGGGAGGGUUGAUUAUGAUUAGUUUUGGUGCGGGUUUGGACUCGUUCGUAUAUGUAGCAAUUUAAUUUCUAAGAGUACGAAAGAGCACUUGGUUUGUUUCAUUUAAUUGCAAUAAAAUCCAGCUAUGAU